AUGGUUUCCAAUAAGACCCGGUUCAGAUGGAGUCCAGCCCAGAAUGCUAAGCUGCACAUUCGCUAUCCCGACUCGUCUACUCCCAUCGUCCUCUCAAUCCCGGUGCCCAGCAUAGGACAGGCUGGCCAGUCGGUUGGUGCCAUCACGCCCCCUUGCACCCUCCAAACAGCCCCAAACAGCCACACUUCGACACUUUCACAAGCCCUACAUCCGGUCACCACGUCGGGGUUGGCCUCUUCCUCCAGCCCGACAGCCUCCGGAGUCUGCAGUCCGGCGCCGGCCAAUUUGGGCUUCCUGGCCUCCGGCCUCACGUGUCUGUCGAACAACAGUUCCUCCGCCUCGACGAUGGUCAGUCGACUCUCGCGACUCUCCUCCGCCAAGGCCUCCGCAACAAGCUCUUCUUCCACACUCGCCUCCGCCACCAGCGCCUCUGCUCCGCCAUUCUGCCUCUCUUCGCCUCCACUGUACCAUGCCAGCUCAUCUUCCACUUCUUCCGCGUCGACAACCAAUCAGUCCGCAUUGAGUCGAACCUCACUGCAGCAUCAUCAAUCUCUCGGCUCACGUGGAGGCAGAGAUACCGUCUCACCGUCGUUACGACAGGCGGCAUUCUGGUCUCCAGCUGGGCAGACGCGUCAGCCAGCAACACCGGCAGUCCAACAACAGCCACAAUUGCAUCCUGGCGCCCAUCAUUACAGACGUCCCUCCAUUCGACGCAUGUCGUUCAGUCCCUGCACAACCAUGGCCACACAAAUGAAGGUGGUCAGCGGUGGCGACGGUUAUGAAGAGUUUCCGAAACGGUCACUUCGACCUGGCGAAUCGGUCAGUGACGACGUCGGCCAGGCGGACAGCACAAAUCACCUCCUCAUCUGGGAUGUUCACUGA